AUGGCACGCGCCAAGCCCUACGCAGCCGCUGGAAAGUCCGCACAAUCUACUCAUUCCGCCCCGCCAGUCAACAAGGGCAAGGCACCCUCAUCGGGCCAAAACGUCGGGGUUAGCGACGAGCUCCGUCAAGCUGUCCUGGAUCUGGGAGGGGAUGAGGAGGAUCUAGCGUUGAUCCAGGGUGUGGAUGAUGAUGCCGAGGGAGCCUAUACGGCUUCGGGGUCGAUAGCGGGCGCAAAGGUCGCGGCUAGUGAGAAGGAGAUCAAGAGGGCCUUGGGGGAGUUUAUGAAGGGGUUGGAUUUUAAGGCUGCGGGUGCGGACAGGCCUGCGGAGGAGGAUGAAGAUGAGAGUAGUGAAGACGAUGAAGAGGAGGAGGAAGAUGGGGAUGAGGAAGAGGAGGAGGAAGAGGAGAAUUCAGAGGAUGAGGAGAAGCCUGUGGCCGCAGCGGCCCCAGCACCACCGACGAAAACAAAGGUCGAACCUCGCAAACCCGUCCUCACCGGCUCUGUCCUCCCUACCGCUACCGCCCCCUCCUCCGACCCUUCACCUACAUCAGCGACCAUCGUCCCCUCCACGCCCGACUGGUCGUCCCUCCUGCCCCCUCUGUCCUCCUCGAAGCCUACUCCGCCCCUCCCGCAAUUCAAACUCCAAGGUCUCCGCUCCAAGGCCGAAGCGCUCCUCACGAACCUCCCCGCACUCAACCGGAAGUCCUCCUCUGCUGACGCCGCGUUCAUCUCGCAGGUGCUGACGAGCGGUACGCAUCAGGAUAAGCUCGCGGCUCUGACGCUGUUGAUUCGCGAGAGCCCGCUGCAUUCCGUGAAGGAGUUGGGGAGAUUACGGGGGAUGACGGGGUACAAGGAGGACUCGGCGGCGGCGGAGGGCAGAGUCGGCGCGGGUGCCGGAGGGAAUAAGGAUCAGAGGGUAGCGGUGUGUAAGGCGUUGGUGGAUUGGUGGGUAUCUGGAGGGGGCAAGGCAUCCGGCAAGCUCAGAUACUUUGCCGACCAGCCUCAAUUGGGCCAUCCCGAUCUGACGGACCGACACCUACUCAUUUUUGCGUUUGAAGAUUUCCUCAAGCGGUGGUUCUUCAACCUGCUUCAGGUCCUCGAGGUCCUCGCCCACGAUCCACUCGUCUACAUCCGGACACAAGCUCUGCAAAUGGUCUUCCGUCUCCUCCAGGGUAAUGCGGAGCAAGAACAAAACUUGCUCAGACUAGGCGCCAACAAGCUCGGCGACACCGACAAGUCCGUCGCCUCCAAAACAUCUCACCUCCUCCUGUCCCUGCUGCAAGUCCACCCCGCCAUGAAAUCCAUCAUCGCGCGUGACGUCUCCGCUUUGGUUCUCAAGCCCGUCGCUCCCACUUCCGCCGCCGCCGGCGCGCCCGGCUCACACGUCCGCUUUGACGACGUCAAGCCCACGCCCAAGUCGGCCGCUACCAAGGCCGACAAGUCGGACACGCAGAGCCACGCGCGGUAUUACGGGUUGAUUACGCUGAACCAAAUCACGCUUGCGCGGGGGGAUCAAGAGCUCGCUGGGAAGCUUGUCGAUCUGUACUUUGAGAUCUUUAGAGAGAUCCUGGGUGAGGAAAACGGGAAGGAUGAGGCCGAGGAGGGGAUCGAGAAGGUUACGGGGAAAGUGGGCAAGUGGGAGGGGAGGCGUAAGAAGUCGGGAGGGAAGAAGGGGAAAGGGAAGGGAGAUGACAAGGAGGGCGAAGAGAUGGAGGCUGCGGAUGCGAGACUGGUGGCUGCGGUUCUGACGGGUAUCAAUCGGGCCGUCCCGUAUGCGAAGCUUGACGAUGCCGUGUUCUCAGGCUACAUGUCAUCCCUCUUCAAAAUCACCCACCUCGGAACCUUCAACACCUCUAUCCAAUCCCUUUCGCUCAUCUUCCAAGUCUCGCAAUCUGCGCCCCCCACAUCCUCUGACCCGUCCUCGUCCACCCCAGCCACCAACCCAGUGACGGACCGAUUCUACCGCACAUUGUACGACUCGCUCUUCGACCCCCGGCUCUUGACGUCCAGCAAGCAGGCCAUGUACCUGAACCUCCUAUUCCGCGCGCUCAAGGCGGAUAGGGAGACCAAGCGGGUGAUGGCGUUUGUGAAGCGGUUAUGUCAGAUGUUUGGGCUGGCGGGCGUGCCGUUCCUCAGUGGGGCUUUGUACCUGCUUGGAGAGUUGUUCAGUACCACCCCCGGUCUCAAGCGGAUGCUCAUCGAGCCUGAAGAUGAUGGGGAAGAACGAUUCGUCGAUGCGCCAGAAGCGGGCGAAGCGCCCCGGCCCGUCUCCGUCCCUGCUGUCGAGGUCGCGGGGAAGGACAAGGUGGAUGAUGGGUAUGAUGGCAAGAAGAGGGAACCGCUUUAUGCAAAGGCGGAGACUAGUUGUCUAUGGGAGAUUCUCCCCCUGACGACGCACUACCACCCCUCCAUCUCUCUUUUAUCCACCCAACUCCUCCUCUCCCUCCCCAUCUCCGGAUCACCCGAUAUCGGCCAAAACACGCUCAUCUCGUUCCUCGACAAAUUCGUAUACCGCAACCCCAAGAAGAAUGUCGCGCAAAAGGGAGCGAGCGUCAUGCAGCCCGCGGCGGCCGAGAGGGGGGGUAUCAAGAUGCAGAAGGGGGUGCAAGGGGCGGGGGGCACGGUCAAUUCCGAGGCGUUCUGGAGGAAGAAGGUGGAGGAUGUUCCGGUGGACCAGCUCUUCUUCCAUAAGUUCUUUUCGGCCAAGUUGGCGCAGAAGGAUGCGGACAAGAAGCGGAAGAAGCCCAAGGCGGGGUCAGAGGAUGCCGAGGAGAUGGCGAUGGCGAUGGCAGAGUCGGGCGAUGAGGCCGGGAGCGACAUGGAUGAGGAUGAGGUAUGGAAGGCGAUGCAGGCGAGUAUGCCCGGUGCGGACGAUCUGGCUAUCACCGAUUCGGAAGAUGAUGAGGAGGACGCGGAUGUCGAUUACUCUUCGGAUGAGGAGGAAGCGGAAGCGGUGGGCGGGAGAGGAGGGCCAGAGAUGGCGUCCGACGAAGAUGAGAACGAGGACGAGGACGAGUCGAUCGACGGAGAAGAUGACGAGGAAGUCGAUAUCGACGACGACUCGGACGACGCCCUUGCCGCAGUCGAGGGCGAUUCGGACGCCGAGGAGGAGGAGGACGACGACGAAUCGGACGACGGAGAAGGUGACGAGGACGACGGCUUCCCCGGCCUGGAUUCAGAAGAGGAGGAUCUGAUCCCCUUGGAUGAAAUGCCGGAUAUCGCCUUAUCGGCGUCGCCCAGUCCCAAGAAAGGAGAUGCCGAUGUUUGCGAGCUAUGA